CUCUCUCCUCAGGGUUUAGGGUUUAGCAGCAAUCAGCAGAAACUCCAAAGAUCGAUUUGCUCUGCGGAGCAAAAGGAAGGAGAAAGCAAAUGGAGAUUGAUCUCGGGAACCUCGCGUUCGACGUCGAUUUCCAUCCCUCGGAGCAGCUCGUCGCCUCCGGCCUCAUCACCGGCGACCUCCUCCUGUACCGCUACGGCGACGGUUCCUCGCCGGAAAGGUUACUGGAAGUACGAGCGCACAGGGAGUCGUGCCGGGCUGUUCGGUUUAUCAACGAUGGGAAAGCGAUCCUGACGGGUUCUCCGGAUUGCUCGAUUCUCGCGACGGAUGUGGAGACGGGAUCCGUUGUUGCUCGAGUUGAAAAUGCUCACGAGGCUGCUGUCAAUAGGUUGGUCAAUUUGACGGAGUCUACUAUUGCCACGGGAGAUGAUAAUGGGUGCAUUAAGGUUUGGGACACAAGACAAUGUUCUUGCUGCAACACAUUUAGUGCCCAUGAAGAUUUCAUAUCAGACAUGACAUUUGCAUCUGAUUCCAUGAAACUUGUCGUCACAAGUGGAGAUGGGACUCUAUCUGUUUGCAAUCUUCGAAGUAAUAAAGUCCAAACUCGGUCUGAGUUCUCUGAAGAUGAGUUACUAUCUGUCGUUAUUAUGAAGAAUGGCAGGAAAGUCGUUUGUGGAACACAAAGUGGAACAUUAUUACUAUAUUCAUGGGGAUUUUUCAAGGAUUGCAGUGAUCGCUUUGUGGAUCUCUCCCCCAGCUCAGUUGAUGCAUUGCUGAAACUCGAUGAGGAUAGGAUCAUUGCAGGAUCUGAGAACGGACUCAUCAGUCUGAUAGGAAUAUUACCCAACAGAAUCAUCCAACCGAUUGCAGAGCAUUCAGAUCAUCCUAUUGAGCGCCUUGCCUUCUCUUAUGAUAGAAAGUUUCUCGGCAGCAUAUCGCAUGAUCAGACAUUGAAGCUCUGGGAUUUGAAUGACAUAUUGCUAGAGUCUGGAGAUGCUCCAUCGAAUCAAGCAGCCAUAGAUGACAAUGAUAGCGAUGAGAUGGAUGUGGAUGCGAAUCCUCCUGCUUCUAACAAGGGGAACAAGAAGAAACAUUCUGGCAAAGGAAAUGAUGUUGGCAAUCCCAACAACUUUUUUGCCGACUUGUAGGUGAUUGAUGGCUUAAAUCUUCAUACGUACAUGACAUGUUGAUGUUCAUACAAAUAUAUCAAGGCUCGAUUCUAGUUGGCACAUUUGGCAAGCUAUUCGCACGUGUUGUUUUCAUUGACAGUGUGUUCUCAGGGGGAAAAUUUGACAGGACUCCGUGACCAAGGGCUUCUUAUUGUCUAUCUAACAUUCUCGAAGAUGUAAUGUUCCAUCUUAAAAUUUUUUUAUGUA